AGUUUCAAGUGCCAGUGACGUCGACGACAAAAACAAUGCCUAAUUGUUCUUUCUCUUGGAAGUUUAAUGCAUUAUUCCUGCAAUUGCCUUUUACUAAGUAGGGUAGAAUUUUACGUUCGCCGGGGACCGGGGUAGAGGUUGGACUUUUACUUCCUCUUCUCUGACCAAGUCCAAGACAAAAACCCCGAUCUCUUGCUUUGCUCUUAAUGUUCCCCCUCUUACUUGGAAUUGUGAAGCAGAUCGAUUUCUUUCCAUUGGAAACUUAGAACAACAUGGGAGGGGUUUGUUCCCGGAGUUCGAAUGCUCCUAAAGAGUCCUUGUAUGCAAAAGGUCGUAACGAUUUUUACGGUUCUGUUGCUGGUGAAUACAAGCAGCAUGAGUUUCAAGUAGAUGCGCAUAUUAAAUUGGCACAGCCUCAAGAACGCAAAAGCUUGGACAGGCAAUCGCUAGAAGAAUCAAAGCAAAUACAAGAGCCUAUUCGAUUUGGUGAGACGGGGUUGACUGGGUAUGGGAGCAGUGACGAUGACUUUUAUGAUGGGAUUCCACGCUUUCGGAAGACACUUUCCCAGAAAUCUAGAUCAUUUAGGUCAAAGCAGACAGCAAAGUUCUACAUUUUGUCAAUUACUCGAGUUCAAUCAUCACACAUUGAACUCAUUCCAUUGAAUGCCUUGGGUUCUACAUGGGGAUUUUGGAAGUUCCAUGGACACCUCAUGGGCAUAGCGAAGUUCAAGUGUCGAUGA